AGAGAUUAAAAUUAAAUUUUGAUUUGAUGGGAAAAUAUGUACAGUUGUCAUCGGUGCCAUGUCUGCCGACGUGUCAAAUUCUGUGUCAAACAUAUGCAACACGCAUAUUAAUGAUGUAAUAGCGAAAUGAUAUCUAAUCAGAUCUCGACUUUCAAGUCUACCUGUGAAUCCGGUUAACCAAUUUAAAACCGGUUCAAACCGAACAUGUCUCAGACCGGUUAACAGAUGACCUAACCGCUGACAAUAGAUUUAUUCGGGGACCAGUUCUCGUCUCUUUCAGACAGAUAUCGCCGCUACGUUCUCUCCGAAUCUAUCGAGUUACAAAAAGAAUUUCGGCAUUUAAUAUUCAAUCUCCUUAUCUCCUUCCAAUAACAAAAAACAGAACCCGUUAUCUUUUUUGUUCUGUUUUUUUUUUGCCGGAAAAAUGGCCGGGGAAUAUUCCGGGAGUCGGAGCUCCAAUACGCAGCGUCUGGCUGAGCUCGAGGUUCUGAGCCAACCCAUUUACGAGAAGCCUCAGUUUCCCGCCGGAGGAAGCCGGAGAACGGCCUCACUCGCUCUCCCACGCACCUCCGUCCCCUCCGUCAUCUCGUCGGGAGAUGACGUCAGCGCAGCACAAGCCGACAGCCUCGCCGUCUCACGGCCUCGGUCGCGGCGUCUCUCGCUGUCUCCGUGGCGGUCGAGGUCGAAACUCGGCGAGGACGAACCGGAGAGAGAAGCGAAGGUCACGAGAUCGAGUCUGGUUCAGAGCAAGAGCAUCAAGAAAACAGAGGAGUCGGCGAAGGAGGAGAGGAAAGGGAUAUGGAAUUGGAAGCCGAUUCGCGGGUUGUAUCGAAUCGCGAUGCAGAAGCUGAGCUGUCUGUUCUCCGUCGAGGUUGUCGCCGCACAGAAUCUCCCGCCGUCAAUGAACGGUCUCCGGCUGGGAGUUUGCGUGAGGAAGAAGGAAACCAAAGACGGUGCCGUUCAGACAAUGCCGUGUAGGGUUUCUCAGGGAAUGGCGGAUUUCGAGGAAACUCUGUUCAUCAAGUGCCACGUGUACUACUCGCCGGCGAACGCGAAAGGUCCGGCAAGGUUCGAGGCUCGUCCCUUCAUGGUUUACCUCUUUGCCGUCGACGCGAAGGAGCUCCAGUUCGGGAGAAAUGUAGUGGAUUUGAGUGAGCUGAUUCAGGAAUCUGUGGAGAAGAUGAACUAUGAAGGAGCUAGGGUUCGUCAGUGGGAUAUGAGCUUGGAUUUGUCUGGUAAGGCCAAAGGAGGUGAACUGGUUCUGAAACUAGGAAUUCAGAUCAUGGAGAAAGACGGAGGGGUCGGGAUUUACGGUAAACCGGGUGAUUUGGGGACGAAAUCGAGUAAAAAACCGAGGGCUUUCUCGGGUUCCUUCGGGCGCAAGCAAUCAAGGACAUCGUUCAGCGUCCCGAGCCCUAAGUUAACGAGCAGGAGCGAGGCUUGGACGCCGGCUGUAGGGAUCGAUCCGGUAUCGGAUAUUCAAGGCAUCGAGGAUCUGAAUUUGGAUGAACCGGAGGUUCAGGAAAAAACAGGGGAAUCGGAACAGAGAGCUGAAGAUGAUCUGCCCGAUUUCGAGGUUGUGGAUAAAGGAGUCGAGUUUGAUGACGACAAAGAAACUGAAAAUUCCGAUGGAACGGUCGGAGAAAGAUCGGUUGAGAUCAAGGAAAUGGUGAACGAUCCAACUCACAUGCUGAGAUUAACCGAGCUGGACUCGAUCUCGAAACAAAUCAAAGCACUCGAGUCGAUGAUGAAAGACGAGCGAAACAGAGGAGACGAAGAAGAGUCUGAAACAGAGUUACAGAGGCUUGAUGAAGAGGAAGAGACGGUGACGAGAGAGUUCCUUCAGUUACUUGAGGACGAAGAAACCGAUGAACUCAAACCCUAUCAUCACGAAAUGGGGAUUUCUGAGCUUAGAGCUGGCGAAUCUGCAGACUCGGAAUCCGAAAACUACCUCAUGGAUCUCGGAAAAGGCAUCGGUUGCAUGGUUCAGACGAGAGAUGGAGGAUAUUUAGGUAUGAACCCCUUCGACACCAUUGUCUCAAGGAAGGACACUCCGAAACUCGUUAUGCAGAUCUCGAAACCAGUUGCGGUUCUGCUCGAACCAGAAACUGGAUUCGAGCUAUUCCACAAGAUUGCGGGUUUUGGGAAGGAGCUAAAUUCGCUGAUAACAUCGGUAAUGCCGAUGGAUGAACUGACGGGCAAGACUGCAGAGCACGUAGCCUUCGAAGGAAUCGCAUCAGCGAUCAUACAAGGACGAAACAAGGAGCGAGCAGACGCCACGGCGGCAAGGGCUGUGGCCGCAGUGAAAACGAUGGCUAAUGCGAUGAGCAACGGAAGAAGAGAGCGAAUCUUGACCGGAAUCUGGAAUCUUGACGAGAUUCCGUUGACCGCUGAAGACGUUUUAGCUGUCUCGUUGCAGAAACUGGAAGAAAUGGCGAUCGAAGGGCUGAGAAUUCAAGCCGAUAUGGAAGAGGAAGAUCCUCCGUUCGAGAUUUCGGCGGCCAAAGCGCACGACAUUCCGCUGAGAUCGGCAAUUCCGCUCGACGAGUGGGUCAAUAACAGGUCCAGAGACAAGCAGAGACUGACGCUAACGGCGACGGUUCAGCUCCGGGAUCCGGUGAGGAGAUACGAGGUUGUCGGAGGGCCAGUGGUCGGGGUGGUUCAGGCUGAGGUGGCGGCCGAGGAGGAGAGGUAUAAGGUGGGGAGCGUUCAUGAGGGAGCGGUGAAGCCGCCGUCGGAGGUGGCGGAGCGGCGGAGGUUGACGGCUGCGCAGUGGCUGGUGGCGUACGGAAUGGGGAAGAAGAAAGGGAAAAAAGAGAGCGUAAAGAAGGAGUUGAUGUGGAGCUUGUCGUCUAGGGUUAUGGCGGAUAUGUGGCUUAAGACUAUCAGAAACCCUGAUGUGAGAUUGCACAGCUGAAACGGAGAGGGAGAUACACAUAUACAUACACACAUACAUAUAUAUACAGGCAAGUGUAUCUGUAUGUGUAGAUGAGGGGCUCAUUUUCAAUGGGU